CCCAUUUUUCGACAGUGUGUCUCGAAAGCGCCACGGCAGUGAAUAAGCCGUUUUUUGUUUACGUCAAAAGUAUUGAAAAGCAAGAGCAAGUUGCUCAAAUAUAAGAACUCUUAGUGUAUAGCUGCAUCAAAUAUUAAUAUUCGAUCGAUAUCGUUCGAAAUUCAAGUUUUAACGCGCGCCACUUCUUCAAGUCAAGCUCAAGGCCCGGCGGACAGCUAGCUCGAGCGGCCUGGAAAAGUUUGUUGUUGUCACGUGACAAGAUACGAAUGUGGCGAUACAAGUUUUUCUUCCAGUAUUAAAGCAUCGCGAAUACUUGAUAUCGUUUUACAUACUCUAUUCUCAAACAAUGCCUCAACCGAAACACAGGAAGAUUGCUGUGUUGGGAUAUAGGUCUGUUGGCAAGUCCUCUCUAACUAUACAGUUCGUGGAAGGACAGUUUGUAGAUUCAUAUGACCCUACUAUUGAAAACACUUUUAAUAAAAUGGUAUCUGUGAACGGCCAGGACUUUAAUCUUCAGCUUGUGGACACUGCUGGUCAGGACGAGUAUUCCAUUUUCCCACAAUCUCACUCAAUGGACAUUCAUGGUUAUGUCCUUGUCUACGCCGUCACCUCAAUGAAAAGUUUUGAAGUUGUUCAGGUUCUACACGACAAGCUGCUGGAUAUGGUUGGAAAGAUUCAGGUGCCUACUGUUCUGGUCGGGAACAAAAAAGAUCUUCACAUGGAGAGAGUGAUUAAGCCAGAGGAGGGCAAAAAGCUUGCCGACUCCUGGGGUGCUGCUUUCAUGGAGUCCUCUGCUAAAGAAAACCAGACGGCCGUGGAGGUUUUCAAGAGAAUUAUCCUGGAGAUGGAGAAAGCAGAUGGAAACGCCCCCUCAGAGGAAAAGAAGUGCGCGGUGAUGUAGGCGGGUCCAGGCAGACACAAGCAGUGGGCUAAUUGGCCUAUGCCAGGAGACACAACAUCACCAGCCAGCCAAUUGUAAUCUAUCAAACUACAGAGUUAUAGUUCAAGGCCCCCCAAUAGUAGGAAAGAACUGCCACACUCUGUCCCCUUACGAUUCUGUACAGUUCUUUUUACAGCUCCACGGUGUUCUGAGGCCAACUGAACAUAACAUCGCAUUAUAUUUAUUCUUUCUUUUUAAUAUAUCAAACAUAUAUGAAUGAAAAAAGAGGUAUGGAAUUCACUUAACAAAGUAUUCCCAGUGUGAUUUAAAUAAGACAUGUAAAGUAAUGCGGAGACAAAAGUCUUGCUGUGGAAAGUACUGUAGUCUGUUAGGUUGGUUGGCCUCAGUCAAGCAACACUUGGGAAAAGUAAGUUUAAAAAAACUGCCAAAUAUAAACUGAAUAGCCACAUGCUUCAUUUUAAUGUUUUCAGCGCUGCAUUUUUAAUGUGAUAUUACACAUGUUCAUUUUCACAGCCUUACAUUCAUUGGACACUAGUAAUCAACUUUACACGUCUAGCCAUUUAUCAGGAGUGGGUGGUGUGACCCUAGUGUCUCUGUCCACUGUCAUUGGCUGUCUCUGCCUUAGACACCACUUAGGCCAACCAAUCGCUGGUGCCUAACAUAAGUACUCAGUCUAUUUUCUCAGGUUGUUCAUAGAUUCCAGCCAAUCCGUUGUGGCUUUUUUCUGUCAAACAGUCUCUUACAAUCCUUACCAGCUUGUCCUCGUCACCCUUCUCCACUGACUGAGGUAAAAGGGGUUUGGGGGGGGGGGGGGGGGUGUGCGAAAAGCGCGAAGCUUUCCCCUGCCCAGUCCUCGUAGGUCAGUCUAAGUCAGGAGUGGGAUGUCUGGAGAAGUGAUGGGAUACGAUGGAGGAUGCAUUGGUCCAUUGACAGGAGUCUUUUUUUCCACUGCUGUAACUGCCUUUCAUUAGCUGUCAAUGAUUUCUGGGGUAAUGUGGGGUUUACCCCCCCUCCCCCCGGGCCUUUUUUCAGACUAUCUGCAGGUACUCAACUGUGUGCCUCUGAUGAGAAUAUUGCAGCAGCAGAAUAUUUCUUUAUAAUACUGUAAAUCAUGUUUUUUUUCUUCUUAUCUCUCUUCCUCCUUUUUGAUUAGAAUUUUUCAUCUUUGAAACUUUGUUGACAGAUUAGGGUUUUGAAAUAUCCACUACUGAAUUUAAACACGCCCCCCACCCCCCGCAAACUUAGCUGUAUUCCUUGUACAGCUUUAAAUUGUUUCUCUUACAGAUAUUACUUUGUUUAUAGUAUUGUUUGAAAGCAUCACCUGGGGUAAUUGAAAAAUCUUGAUUGAUUGAUUUAUUGAUUUGGUUGGUUGGUUGGUUCAUUUUGUAAUUGAGUGGUAGUGUAAAAGAAGGUGUGCUGGUGAUGCUGUGUCACGUGCCUUACCCCUGCCCCCCCCAUUAUAUGACUCAUGUCCCCUCUUUCUCCCCAAAAUUCAUCUACACACAUAUACACAGACCGUUCACCUCUGCCCAGACUGAUUGAAGGUGCUCUCUAGGGUUUCUCUACUCUGUAGACUUGACUCUCACAUUGCUUUUGGGGGACAUCCAGUGGUGUUGUUGCACCUCAACACCCAAUACCCCACGUGGGGGAUUAGUUAAUACAGAAAAUCUUGCUGUAAACAGUUUUGUAUAUAAAUGAAUAAAUCCUUUACUCUUGAA